CGAAAAUCCAACCCAAUGCAGACUUCUUCAGCUUAUAACAUUCUUCUAUCAUGCCCUUUAAAGGUUGAGCUCCAAGGAGUUGAUACCACUGCAUCAAACCGUUCAUCAGGAUCCAUACGGCCGAAGCUGCUCUUGGGAAGCACAGGCAAUCAUAGAAUGAGCACUCAAGACAGAAGGGCUUUUCCGAUUAGGUAUACAAGGAAUCACUCAAGAAGGAAGACGAUACUGGAUGUUGAUCUAAACGUGCCACCCCCAUCUGAUAAUAGGGAUCACGAAGGAACUUCAAGUCGUGUUGUUCCUGGGGAUGUGCCACCUGCACAAAGAGGUGCUUCUUCAACACCUGCCCCAAUUGAUGUUGAGGCACUUGAUGAUGAUGUGAUAAUAAUAUCUUCCCCAAGGGCACUUGCAGAAGCAAAAAACAGCAACAUGAGGACUCGUGGACGGGUUAUUCUUGUUGAUGAGGAUUCUGAGGAUCAUCUGCCGAUGUUUAACAGUCGCAACAUGCGCAGAAGAGUCUCAACCUAUCAGUCAACAGUAAUGGGUGACAUUUACAUAAACCUAGAAGCAAAUAGCAGCUUACAGGCAGUCACUGCACAGAGUGCAAUACCACCAAAGCCAAUUCAACCCCCAACACCACCAAAGCCAAUUCAACCCACAUUUAGCUGUCCAGUAUGCAUGGGAACCUUAGUUGAGGAGAUGUCAAUAAAAUGUGGUCACAUCUUCUGCAAAGCUUGCAUCAAGGCUUCCAUAGCUGCUCAGGGUAAAUGUCCUACCUGUAGGAGGAAAAUUACCAUGAAAGACACCAUACGGGUGUAUCUUCCUGCCGCAAGUUGAGAUGAUAAAGGGGGGUGGCCACCAUUUUAUUUGGCCUGUGGAGGAAUUACUUGUAAAGCCAGCUUGUUGUUAAACUACAUGGGUUGAGGAAAUAUUGGAGGUUUUGGGAGAGGCAUUGUUGGGUCGAAGUAUGAAUUGGGAUCACUGUUAGACUGGAUACCUUGGCUGUAGCUAAUACCGGUGUUCUUUUGUUAGCUUUCAAAAUACUAGCUAGUGGAAACUAUGGAGUUCUUGAACUUAUGUUUAUUACAUUCUAGUUCUUGCUCGACUUAUUUCAGUUCCGGAAUUGUUCGGUCCUAAUGAAACUAACUGUUGAGGGGGGAAAUGAAAAAAGAUUUGUUAGACAUCAUGAUUGUUCUUGGGGUGAUUUGUGAUCGCAAAGGUAUAUCUUAUUUUUGCUAGUAGCUUGUUGAAAUGUUAUGCGCUGCAGGUGUAGGAAAAUAUUAUAUUUAUAUCAAAUUAUAAGCAGGGGUAGAGUUUGUCGUU